AUGACGGCUGCUCCCCCGGUGGUUCACCCUGUUCCCGACAGCGGUUUAAAUGGCCCUGGUCAUCUCGCGCACAGCCUUCCACGCUACCAGGCAAUCGCCAUGAAUCCCAAUCCUCCCCCUCACCCACCAAUGCCCCCGCCAGAUCAAAUGGUGCAAAAUCAUCACUACCGUCACUAUGCGCCGCCGCCGUUGCAUGAUCCGCACUCCGGCCCGCCUCCUCCACCGCCGGCGCCAGCGCCGUCUUCUCUCGACCAGAUUGAAGCUCGUCUACGCCAGUUAGAACAUGAAGAGAUGAACCGGAUGGCUGCCCGCCAUCACCUGCUCACCCUUCGUAAGCGAGAGGAUGAGGAGUUCCGCAGGUUGACAGAGAGUGCCGAAGCCGAAGAAGAGGAUCUACGGCGACAACGAAAAAGAAUCAAGCGAGAGUCCAUGGGGUUGGGACCCAAUGCCAUCACCGACUCUCCGCCGCUGCGCCCAACACCACCGCGGCGGCUGUCUGAGACCAGCGCUGCCACGACGUUGGCUUUCUUCAAGCAGCAGUCUCCUCCGGAACCGCGUCAACAGCCGCUACCACCGGUUUCUCAGGGACCACCACCCCCGCCAGCACCUCAACAACAGCAACCACCACCCCCGUCGAUGCCCCCGCCCCUUCAUCUGCAUCCCCAAGCCCAUCACGCACCUCCUCCUCCUCAGACUCAGCCCCAGCACCCCAUUGUCCCGCACGAUCACAUUAACGGCACAGGAUCUAUCCGCCGUAAACAAAAAUACACCAUCAAGAAUGUCGAGGCCUGGGGUGAACGUCAUGGCCGCCCAGCAGCCCAUGACCCUUCCGGCCGCGCUUUAUGGAAGCGUCCCUCCGACAAUAGUCUCGUGUAUCUGACCUGUCCGAUUGCCGGGUGCGGCAAAUCAGACUUUGUCACCUUGCAUGGCUUCAUGUGCCAUCUGACGAAGAAGCACAAAGACCGGUCUUUGGGCAGUCAGUCGCGCGCGCUCGAGAUUUGUGGCGUCGUCUACGACCCCAACUCUCCGCUGCCUCCUGUCUCGGCCUCCACCCGGACCUCAAUGGAAGACAGCCCGUUGAAUGGCGGCGCUGAUGACGAGGGCAUGAACGAGGACGAGCUUGAGUCUCUCUCGGACGAGGGGGACUCGCCAUACCGCGUGAAGAUUGAGACCACAGACCGAUCUCUGCCGGACGUAGAAGGGACACCCGGUCCGCGUGAUUCCUCGCCCAUGCUUCCCAAGCCGGUCGUGAACGGCCUGUCCACCAAACAGUCGAUCUCUUCGAUUAUCGACCGCACCCCGGACUCCGAGCACCGGGAGGUGCUGGCAUCUCUAACCCCGUCCGAGUCCAUGUCACAGGGCCACUCAUCGCUGGAGCCGUCGGUGCCCACGAAGCGGAAAUACGAGUACUCGCCGGAGAAGGAGAACACGCAGCCGAAAAGGAACUCUGUGAUGGCGGAGUAA